CAGCGGUCUCUCUUUUCUCUUUUCUCUUUGUUAUCUUUUCUCGGGAGAGACUCUUCUAAGACUGAAAAGGAGAGAAGAGACAUCAAGAAAUGGCCGUUGCUAGGGUUUCAUUUAUUGUGUUUGCCAUCAUUGCCGCCCUAUACGGCAUCGUUUUGCCCGCCACACAGGCCCAGUCUCCAGCUCCUGCUCCUGCGCCUACAAGCGACGGGACUGCAAUAGACCAAGGAAUAGCAUAUGUUCUUAUGCUACUGGCAUUGGUGCUCACAUAUCUCAUUCACUAAAUCCAUCCACUUGGUCUCCAUUAGUGCCUCAAUUUCUUCUUCUUCUUCUUUUUUUUUGAAUUUGAUUAUCGUAGUGGUCGAUUAGGGAAAAAUGAAUUGGUGGUUUGGAGGAAGUAUGUAUUUUGUGUUUGUGGAACCAAGGGUAGGGAUUUGAAUUGGAUGUAUUCUCCUCUCAAUCUCAAAUAACAGUCCCGUUUAUGCA